AUGGAAGCGCAAAUGGCGCCGGAACUGCGCUGGGCCCCAAACUGCGAAGGCGGCAGUUUUAGGGCCAAUGGCGGCGACGUCUAUGCGGACGUGGCGUUUGCUUUCGACAUCGAUGGCGUCUUGUACCGAGGCCACCAGAGCAUCCCCGGGGCCAGAGAGGUGCUUCGGAAGAUUCGGUCUCUCGGCAUCCGCUACGUCUUUCUGACCAACGGCGGAGGCGCCCAUGAAGAUGCCAAAGCGGCUUCCUUGACGAAACGUCUGCUCAUGUCGCAGGACGAGGACGUGAUUCACAACAGGGUCAUUGUUUCUCACACCCCCAUGCGUGGGUGGCCAGACGCCGUCAAGGAGCAGACUGUUCUGAUUACCGGAUCGCAGCCUGAGAUGGCUCGACAGCUCGCCAAUGAGUAUGGCUUCUCGCGGGCCGUGACCCCGGCCGAUCUCAUCCAUGACAACGACAAGAUCUACCCCUUUGAUCAGCUCAAGGACAGUCUUCAUGCUCGUCAUCGGCCACUCCCGGAUGGGAAGUCGGCGUCCCGGAUCGCCGAGGCCUACAGUCGGGACAUGGCCGCGGACGCGCUCAAGAUUGACCAGAUUCUCGUAUGGAACGACCCGAGAGACUGGUCGCUCGACAUCCAAGUCAUUCACGAUCUCCUGCUGUCCCACCAAGGAUACCUAGGCACCGUCUCGGAAAAGAAUGGCGACCGGUCGUUGCCAAACAGUGGCUGGCAGCAGGAUGGGCAGCCGAAGCUCUGGAUCUCGAACCUCGACCUGGUCUGGAAGACAGAGUACCCCGUCAACAGGUUCGGCACCGGCGCCUUCGUGGAGGCGUUGAAGGGAGUGUGGUCCGCAGUCACGGGCGGCGCGGAGCUGCAGUUCAAUGCGCUGGGCAAGCCGUCCAAGUUUACCUACGACUACGCGCACCAGAGGCUUCUCAACUACUACUCGGACGCAAAGGCCGCGACUGACGUGGGCGUGCGGACGGACACGGGCAGGCAACGACCCCUGCGGAGGGUGUACAUGAUUGGGGACAACCCGGAGAGCGACAUCCGGGGCGCCAACGACUUCCGCUCCGACGACGGCGCCGAGUGGGUGCCGAUUCUCGUGCGGACGGGCGUGUGGAGGCAGACGGCGGCCGAAAAGGAGCCUCGCCACAGGCCGGCUGUGAUUGUCGACGACGUGGUGGACGCCAUUGCGUGGGCGCUGAGGAACGAGGGUGUCGAGGUGGCGAGGGACUGGCUCGUGUCUGGAAAGAUGUGA